AUGUUUGCUUCAGUUGAUAGUAUAGCAGAAACGACACUACGUGCCCAAGUCCUAAAAACGCCUCCCUUUAUUAGAUUCCUUUUGGGAACCCAGCCACCAUACGGUGAAGAAGCCCAAGCAGCAUUUGGUGAGGCCCACGUGGAGGGGGGUGGAGACCUGGAGCUCCCAGACAACAGCCAGCACCGGCUUGGCCAGCCUUGGUUGUUGGGAGGAUUGCAGGGGAUGAUGUAUCGGGUGCACCUGAUAGCCGCUGCUGGAGGGUCCCUCCUGGACGUGCAGAGUCGCAGCUGGCAGUUCCCAAGAAGUUACGCAGCUCGCCGCCGGCCGGGGGUCGCCCCCGGAACCUCGGGGGGACCUGCCCUGCGGACCCCGCCCCGGCGCGCUGCGGCCGAAGCCUGGCGGCGACCUCCCGCUCCGCCGUCCGCCUCCCCCAGCGACCCUCCCCGGCCGACCUUUACGCCCAAGUGGGGCGCGCCGCGAGCUCGCGUCCUCCGGGUCCCCGCGGGGCCCCACCCGUUCCCGGGUCGUGCCCGCGACCGGGCCGGAGGCGAGGUGAAUGGGAAGAUGGAGAUGGAUGUUGAGGGAGUUUCUCCGCGCCCGGAGCCCAUCCCCCGCUCCCAGGGGGCUGGCGGAGCCUGCCAGGCGCCGCCACAGCCGCCCCAGCCCCAGCCCCAGCCCCAGCCCCAGCCCCAGCCCCAGCCGCAGCCGCCGCCGCCGCCGCCGCCGCCGCAGCCCCAGCAGCAGCCCCAGCAGCAGCCCCAGCCCCAGCCCCAGCAGCAGCCCCAGCAGCAGCCCCAGCAGCUGGCUCAGGAUGAAGUGCCCGGCGAGAGUGCGGGCGCGGAGGACAGCGACGAUCCCGAGGCGAGACCCGGCAGCGAGAGGGGCGAGAGCAAGAGAUAUCAUGGACUGAAAGGUGAUGGGUACCCCAAUGAGUUCACUACAAGAUCUCAAAGAUUCCAAGCCAUUGGCUGCUCCAAAGCAUAAAGCCACCCUUCUGGAGAGGCGGCAGGAAGGAAGCCUGGAGGAGGCUCCGCUGUUGGCCAGAGGAAGACCACCUUCUCAGGUGUCUGGGGGAACUGCUGAAGGACAGUGAGGGAGAUGUUGCUGGUCCCCAGGACAGAAACACAGCAGCUGGAACCAAGAAGCACUCAGAGUGGGACUCGAGCCCAGCACCCCUUCAGACUGAAGCUCUCUGAGAUACAUGUGCUUCCUGAUUGGACUGUUUUUGCUUUUCCAUCACCUGCAUAACACAGUUCUGGAUACUUUGGAAUGGUUGGCUUUCUUUCCUUUUUUAUCCUUCCCCCACCUCUACCCCCACCCCUGUCUUGUCUUUUUCUUCCCUUGGCCCUGAGAACUGUAAGAAAAGAAUUGCUUUGGAAAGUAUAAUUCUGUUGCUGAAAUUUGCCUUGUUUAUGAACAAAUUCUUUCCCUGAGGAUUUUCGGAAUUGCAAUCCCAGGUUACUUGGUAAAUGGGGCUGCAUGAUUUGAUUUGUGUAGUACUGAUCCUUAGAUUAAAAAUACAUUUUCUUUCUUUCUUUUUUCCCCCCAAGUUUUGGAUCCAGGUAAUGGCCCGAGUCACAUUUGCUUAGCUACUGAAGCGAUCUCAAUGUGGUAUCGCUUGGAGUUGAAACAUAAUCAAACAUACAUUAUACCUGGGGCUCUUGCAUGCUAUUUGAUAUAUAUGUUACACUACAAAGAAACACAAACCUUGUAGGUUGAAAUUUAAUUCCUGUCUGAUCCUAUAGUUAGAAUGGUGAGAAAUCACAAAAUAUCAAAAGUGGCUUCAAAUACCCUGAAUGUAAGCUAACCAACAAUAAAUGGACAGUUUGGAAAUGCCAUUUUCCAAGGCAAAGCAGGAAUUGGAGAUCAACUGACCUCGUCAACAGGGUUGCUCAGGUCUGUCUGUGGAUCUGCUCAAUUUGGAGGAAUCCAAGAACAAGGUCUCCUUCUGUGUUUGGGUUGACGGAAAUUGUGGCGUCUCUGACUUAAUGCUCUGUAACUGUGCCUGCCUUGCAAUAAAACACCUUUGGUUGA